ACAAGAUAAAGCAGCAACUGAGCUUAACAGGCGUUUCGAAUACCAGUAUCCUCUGUUUGGCAGAUAAAUCAUUGUACGGCUCAUACAACCACCCAGCAGCAUUCUUGCGUUUUUUUAUUUUAUUUCAAAUGUUUUUAUCUCCAAAGCAUUAUCAUACUAAAGACCAUGCAAAACAAGGAAUGGUAACAGUAGAGAGGGUAGGGUGCUUUAAAAGGCACAUGGUUGGCGUUUUGAACCUCGAGUAGGAGGAAACGAGCCCGUGUCGACAGGGUAUGACAAAGGAAUGAGAGAAAAUAAGAGAGCGAUACGUCGCUAACCACAGAACGAGUCACGGAUACAGCAUGAAAUCAAGACGCAGACGCAGACGCGGAGCGUCAAUCAGCAUCAGGAGGAGGAAGAUGCUGCGGCGGACUGAAGGCGUGCCGAAAAGGGACCAGAUCCGACCUUAAUCCGCCUCAAUUCCAACCCAAAUCCCAUUUCAGUCAUUUGUUCGCUUUUGGUUAUUGACCCAGCAUCAUGUUCCCAUCGUGCUGCUCCAAGACUUUGGAUAGCAGCGGGAAGAGGAGCUCCAUGGCCAAGCUUCUCCUGGGGGUGUUUAUAGUGUACAUGGCCCACACUGCUUGGCUGCUCUACCGAUUCCUCAAUACCAAACCCUGCGAUGAGGAACAAGGGAUGGGUUGCAUCGCUUCAUACCUAUCGGCCAGACCCAGACUGCAGCUGAGCGUGUUCACCUGCCUCGUUCCAGACAACAGUCAGCUCCACCUGGCACUAAGAAUGGAUCCAUUUGACCCUCACUCUACAUUUGAAAGGCAGGUGAACAUUCCACUGCCAGAAGAGACUCGAGCCAAUGGCAGUUUGUAUGCAAUGGUUUACGUUCACAAGGCUGGCCUUUCCCCUUUGGAGGAUAGCAGAGAAGUGCACCACGCAGCUCUGCUUACCACCCACAUCACCCCUGCAAAUGCAGAGGGCCACAGAGACACACAGAAGGGCUCCAAAUUACAGCAUCCAGUAUCCCACUGGAGACCCCACCUGUCAGUCACGAUGAUGUCAGAGGACUUCAGCUUCACCAAAGGAGGACUGCCCAGUGACAUGCAUCGCUACGUUAGAAUCUCACAGGAAGGAAGACGGAUCCUCUACCUUCCUCUAUUGCUGAUUGACGAGCUCAGCUUCAGAGUUAAAGAUCUCAUGGAGAUCAACAGAAGCACUAUCCAGCUUCCCCUCACUGUGUCGUAUGAGGGCAUUUCUCUGAGAAGAUUUCGAUUCUGGGUCCAUCUCCAGGAUGUGGUUUACUCCCUGCGGCAAUUUGGUUUUUCAGAAGAAUACAUUGAUGAGAUUAAAGGGACCCUGCUGGGCUCUAAUCUGUACCUCCUAGUUCUAACUGCCCUCAUCACAGCUUUGCAACUCAUCUGUGAAUUUCUGGCUCUCAAAAAUGACAUCAGCUCUUGGAGGAAAAAGAAGAGCAUGGCCGGGAUUUCCAGGAAAUCUAUUUUAUGGCGAAGUUUUGGCACUCUGCUGAUUUUCCUGCACCUGCUGGAGGAGACCAGUCUGCUGGUGCUACUUCCUGUUGGGCUGGCAGCUUGUGUGGAGGUGUGGAAGGUGUUUAAAGUAUUUCGUAUAAACAUGCACUGGGGACGACUCUGGGUAAACAAGCUGGAUGAAGAAGAGCGCCGCACAGUGGAGUUUGACAAACAGGCGUCCAGAUACUUGUCCUACUUGAUCUAUCCCCUGUGCAUCAGUGGAGCUAUUUUCUCACUGGCCUACUUGCGGCAGAAAAGGUUAAGAGUCUGGGUGUCAUCCUCGACGGCACGCUCUCCUUCCGCUCCCAUAUCAACGACAUCAACAGAUCAGCCAACUUCCACCUUCGCAAUAUUUGUCACCUCCUCCCUUCUAACACCCGCCAUACCGCUUCCACUGUUGUCUGUAGUCUAGUCACUUCCCGGCUCGAUUACUGUAACUCACUGCUCUUUGGUCUCCCAAAUAAGUCCCUCCAGAAACUGCAGCUCCUCCAAAACUCAGCAGCACGCCUCAUCACUCGGACCCCCACCACACAUCACCCCCAUCCUCCGUCAACUUCACUGGCUUCCAGUCAAUCAAGGAUCAACUACCAGAUCUCUAUCAUUACCUUUAAAGCACUCCAUGGCCUGGGCCCUUCCUACCUAUGCAAUCUCCUCUGUAUUAACCAUCCCCCCGUUCACUUCGCUCCUCCUCUAUCCUCCACCUUUUCGGUCCCCGUGUCAGUCUCCCCACCUUCGGUUUCAGAGCUUUUAAUUACUGUGUCCCCCCCAGCUCUGGAACUCCCUCUUGGGCUCACACAAAAAUACACAUGGUCCCAGGCUUCAACUGAGACAGUAUGCUUUGGUCAGGUGAGACAAAGAUUGAGCUUUUUGGCAACAAACACUCUAAGUGGGUCUGGCGUGCCACAAAAGAUGCGCAUGCUGAAAAGAACCUCAUACACCACAGUGAAGUAUGGGGUUGGGUCAGUGAUGCUGUGGGGCUGUUUCGCUUCCAAAGGCCCUGUGAACCUUGUUAGGGUGCAUGGCAUCAUGAAUGCUUUGAAAUACCAGGACAUUUUAAAUCAAAAUCUGUUGCCCUCUGCCCGAAAGCUGAAGAUGGGUCGUCACUGGGUCUUUCAGCAAGACAAUGACCCUGAACAUAUGGCCAAAUAUACACAGAAAUGGUUCACCAGACACAAAAUCAAGCUCCUCCCAUGGCCAUCUCAGUCCCCAGACCUUGGUUUGUUGGCAAAAGGGGGUUGUACAAAGUAUUAACACCAGGGGUGCUAAUAAUUGUGACACACAUUAUUUGAUGUCAAAUAAUUUUUUCUUUAUGUGGGAUUUUUUCCUCACUGAAUGAAUGCACUUGUAUUGAAGGUUGGAUUUUUCUCUUUUUUUCCAUUAAGGUUCCAUAAUAUUUUAAUUAAAAAAAAAAAUUAUUAGAAGCUAAAAAACACAUCUUUUUCAGGGGUGCCAAUAAUUAUGGAGGGCACUGUAUAUAUCUACCCUCUCACUUUUCAAAUCCAGGGGCAGUUUACAUGGCGACUCUGCGACACAAAGACGCAAUGACUGAGUAGCGGAAUGGCUUCGCGUGCAUAUGGUGUUGGCGAAGACGAUAGGCGAAGACGAAAAAUUCUGAAUCCUGCCUCCAAAGUGGAAGAAUUCGAUUGCGGAGGAUUAAGGGGGGCUUGCUCUGCAUGCAUAUCAAAGGCUCCUGCUGCGCGACACCGCGCCGAUAACGUCAGCACUCGUACACGUCACAUUGGGCGUGCGCAGCGAUGCUACUAAACGUUAAAAUCAGCAAAUAUGGCGGAAUGUAGGCUUUAAUUUAAUAUCUUAAUAAUAUUUUUAAAUUAAAUAUGUUGAAUGUUUCGUUUUUGUGCCUUUUUGAACAAAAGAAAAAUGCCAUUGCUUCGAGUGGGCUGGCAUAUUUUUUUCCGGGCUGAGGAGCUUGGUGGGGUCAAAGUGCAUCAUUCGCUGUCGCCUUGUGAAUCUGCACUGCCCCCUAGGGCUUAGCAUGAAUACUACAACGUUUUCAUGAGGAAUUGCGACAUUGUUCGAAUGGAGACAGUCCCAUAUAAAUGCAAAUUUGAAAUUUUUCGUGUUCUCGGAGAGUCACCAUGUAAAUGGCCCCCCAGACUCAAAACACACCUGUUUACUCUUUCUUACCCACCAUGAUCCUUAUCUCGGUUUUAUCUUGACCUCUUAAAUUUUUAUUUACUUUUAUCCUGUUUUUAAUGUAAUUUUAUGAUUGUUUUGUUAUUGUUGUUGAACUAUUGUGUUCCCAUCUUUCUUGUGAAGCAUCUGCGUGUCUUGAAAAGCGCUAUAGAAAUAAAAUGUAUUAUUAUUAUUGUGACUACCAAAAUCGCAACAUUUUCUAUACGUUCUACAACACUUUGACACCUAUUGACAAUAGAGCACACAAUCUGGAACAUAUACUAAUAUUUUAAUGCAUGCUAUUUGAGAUCUUGGUAGAUCAGGAUAUGAAACCAACAUAAUUUAUCUCUCUUACCUUGACCAUUGGAACAUACUCCUCUGGAGGAGCUGGCUGAAUCUUGCUCGACAUCUCGAUCACAGCUUUAACCAAUCCGGUCACGUUCUCGUAUACCUUGUCGUUAGAACGGUCCAGAUUGGCGGUGGGUGGAGGGCUGAUUUCUUGGGGUUGUAGCUGAGCCAAGUCAAAUACAAACAUUAAUGAGUGUCCAACAUGUGAGUAAAUACAUUCACAACUAAGACAAACAUGGAGACAAUACGGAUGAGGUAUGAAAUAUGAAUGUUUUAUGAAUCGUAACCUAACGAGAAAAAACUAAAACCGUGAACUCGGGGUAUGCAGAUCUGAGCCAAGACUGUAAAGUCCUGAAAAUGAUCAUCAUACUUGUUAGAUGAAAAAUUUACUACACUAACGAAUGUAAACAGUGUAUUUUCUGUUCUUUGACCUAUUUGCCAAGUUUCUUUGGAACCAAAUUAAAUUGAAGCAUGUAUGAAAGUGGACUAAAUUGUGGACUUG